CUGUUACAGAAACUCGAGCAGCCUUGUUCCAUUACUAUUUCUUCGUCCCCAAUGAAGCAACCAGGUUGGCCGGAGAGUGGAGCAUUUCUUUGCUUCCUCACCUUGAUCAACCAUGUUCCAGGUUUCAAAGUACACGAAGCGACAAACUUGCUUGGCGAAGCUGUGGUCGACAGGAGCGGGGCAGUGGUCUCCAAAGCCGACAGUUUUUAUCCAUCCGCUUUUCCGAAGGCUGGCAUUGCGGUUUUGCAAGAAUCAACUCAGAACUUUACGAGAACAUAUGUUGGAGGCUAUGACUAUGCCACCAGGGAAGCAGCUAAAGGCAAGUGCCAAUCGCUGGGAUAUCAAGGAUUAUGCAGCAAAGCUGAAGUGGAAGGCUAUGCGAUUUGCGCCUUUGGUUGGAUGAGUGACUACAAGGGCUUCUGGUUCCAUCAGACGCUGCAGGGCUGUGGUUCAGGGAUAGGCUUUCGCGAUGGAAGCAGCUGGAAUCCUGUUGGUGCCUAUUGCUGUCACCAAGCGGCAGCCAUUGAGAGAGAAUAUGUUGGUGGUUACGACUAUGCCACCAGAGAAGCAGCCACAGGCAAGUGCCAGUCGGUGGGGUAUCAAGGGCUCUGCAGCAAAGCUGAAGUGGAAGGAUGGUCCAAGUGUGCACAUGGUUGGAUGAGUGACUACAAGGGCUACUGGUUCCACGAGACGAAAAGCGGCUGCGGUUCUGGCACGGGAUGGCGCAGUGGAAGCAGCCAGAAUGCUGUUGGCGCCUAUUGUUGUCACCUAUCCCAGAUUGAAAGGAAGUAUGUGCCCUGCCGGCGCUUGCAAGUCCGAAGCUGCUGCGCUGGAAGGCCUGUUGAAGUGCUUUGGAAGACUGGAUGUGCUUAG